CCGUCUCCAAAAUCGCUCUGCUAGGGUUUGUUUUGGGGAUUUCGGUUAGAGCGGAUAGCAGUCGGGAAAUUCAAAUCGUUCGCCAGAUAAUGUCUCGGUGCUUUCCCUACACGCCUUCCGUGAAGGCGGCACAGAAUAGAGAGGCCUUGCUCGAACCGAUUAAGCUCCCAAGAGAAUUGGAGAAGAAAGCCAAGACACAUAGGAAGAAAGACAAGAAAGAGAGGAAGGAGAAGAAACUCCUGGAUGAGGAUAGAAAAGCGCAAAAAGGCGAUUAUUUAGCCACUUGCCCUACUACAUGGGGGAUGGAUGCAAUUACAAGAUGUCCUGGAGAAGUAGAAUCUAAUCAACUGGAGAAGAGUGACAUUACGGAAGAACAUGAAUUACCAAUGUGCCACUUGUCUGAUGGCACCCAAAGCGGCACAAAAAGAAAAAGUGCAGGUACCAUAAUUCGCUUCAAGUCAUUGUCCAAUUGGACUGAUCCAGUAUCCCCGCAUGUCUCUUGUUCCCAGUCUUCUGGGAAGGCAGAUUUAAAGGUGACAGAAAUUGUGCAUGCUUCUAUCCCAGAGACAAUUUUAGAAUCUGAGAAAGGUACUUCUACUUCGGACCAAAAGAAGUCUGCAUGUGAAGACCAUGCAGAAGGUUUACUGUAUCGGUCUUUAAUUGAUAAUUGGGUCCAGCCUCUACUUCAAUCGGUACUGAAUGAUUAUGGUGAUGAAGAUUGGCUCUUUGAGAAUAAGCAGGAUAGUUGUCAUGGUUCUAAAAGAUUCAAAGCUAGCAAUGAGGUGGUGUCAUGUUGUACAAGCCAGACACUGUGGCCACAAGCAAUGUGGUUGUCUGAACCGGGCUUAUCGGCAUUACCCUUUAGUGUUCCAUUUUAGAGUUUUUUUUUUGUAUACCUGGUGGCUUGUACAGUAUAGUUCCACUGAGCAUUAAGAUGGCUACAACUUAUUGUUCUUGUAGAAGGCAUCAUCAGCCUUUUGAAAUUCUCUUGUAAUGACAUAUUCAACUUUUAUAAAAGAAAAAUAUCAAAUCUUAUGACUGAUUUUUACACUA